GGCGGCCUUCUUAACCGGAAGUUACCCGAUUCGCACCGGAUAUCAGGGGAUUCCCAUACUGCCAGGAGAGAUUCGAUCUAUUCCACACGAUUUUCCCACUUUACCAAAAGCCCUCCAAAGUUUAGGAUACAGCACGCAUUUGGUGGGUAAAUGGCAUUUGGGAUCCGCUUCCAAAUCGCACACACCUUUGAGUUACGGCUACGAUUCGCAUUACGGCUACUGGGAAGGCUUCAUCGGUUACUUCAAUCAUUCCCUAGUCACCAAGGGUCUGACUGGACAGAACUUCUACAGCAAUUAUCAACCGUUACCCAACGUUACCGGGCAUUACGUAACUGAUCUUCUGACAAGGAAAGCGUUGGAUAUUAUCGAGAAUCAACCGAAAGGUAAACCUCUUCAUCUCGUUGUCUCGCAUUUGGCUGGACACACUGGGAAAUCUAUAGGUGGUAAUGAUGGUGUUCUGGAGGUGGCCAAUAAGCAAGACAACGAUUUCAACUAUUUCUAUAUAGAGGACGAAAUUAGGCGAAUGUACGCAGAAAUAAUUGAGAAAAUGGACGAUUCAAUCGGAGAAAUCGUGAAGGCUUUAUCACGCAAGAAACUCUUAGACAACACAAUCGUACUCUUCUUUUCGGAUAACGGCGCACCGACAGUCGGAACUUACCAGAAUCGUGGUUCAAACUUUCCGUUUCGAGGAAUGAAGAUGAGUCUCUUCGAUGGUGGCGUCCGGGUACCGGCGAUGCUCUACAGCGGUAAACUGAAGAACAGAGGAAGAAUCUACAAGAACUUAUUUCACGUCACAGAUUGGGCACCAACUUUGUACGCGGCGGCAGGUGGUAAAGACAACUUAUUUGCGGAUGGAAUAAACCAAUGGGAGGAGUUGAUGAACGGCGGUAAAUUGGAAAAACGGAAGGAGAUUUUAUUGAACAUCGACGAGGAACUGGGAUAUUCCGGUCUGAUCCAAGGCAAAUACAAAUUGAUCAAAGGAAAAUAUCUGGACGAGAAAGCUAGCCAAUAUUGGGGCGAAAUCAAUGAUACGUUGAUCCCUAGUUACAGCAUCGGAAAAGUGUUGUUUAGCAACACGAACAUGGCUCUCAAUUGGAUGAUGUUGAGUCAGAUCAAGAGGCUGUUUGUGUUACGUCGCCAGGCAACCAAAACAAAUUGCAGGCCACGAUACGGCGAUUUCUCGCCUUGCGGCGAGAUUUGCCUAUUCGAUUUGGAGAAGGAUCCGUGCGAAUCGCGAGACGUUUCCGCGGAGCAACCGGAAAUUUUGGAAGCGAUGCUGAAGAGAUUGCGGGAGUACGAUUCGGGAAGGGUGAGGCAGCAGCUUAACGUUUUCCAUCCGGAAUCGAAUCCUGAUCGGUGCGGAGGUUAUUGGUACAAUUGGUUGGACGAAGACGGUUGUUGGUUCAACAAUACUCGGAGCGUUUAAGAUAUUAUUUAUAUCAUAAGUUAGUUCUUAGGUAAAAGAGAUGUUAAGCCGUUGGGAAUGUUCAGUAACUGCGUGAUUCCGUUGAACGGGGUCUGCGGUAACGGUACGACCAGAGUUGCGGAUCCUUGGAAGAUCAGAGUCGGUUGCUUUUGAUUCCCUGAAGAUGUUUGGUCGAAAGGAUUGGGGAUGUUGCUCGUGAAAUUCGUCAGCAGGUUCUGGAAAUUAUUCAGCAACGACGGAUUUGGUGCUGCAGUCGCCGCAGCUCUUGAACCAGACUCAUUUUCACCAAUCGGCACCUCUUUUUCAUCUUCACCAAUUGCUGCUUCUUUCAACUCUUUCGCGUCCUCGACGACAGGUGCUGAGCACACUAAAGAUUCAAAUCGAAUUUACGAUCAAAAUAAACAUUUAGUAUAGAAUUUGUAAGACGUACCUGCGGCCAAAAGGCAGAACAAUAUGAUUAAUUUCAUUGCAAGUUUUUUUUUGUAGAAUUAACACAUCUCUCCUUGCACUUUACGUUUAUAUAAGACUUAAAGGAACGGAAACGGAAAAGGUUUAAUUAAGGCGAUAAGUUUUAUCUUAAUACCUUCGGCUGUAAAACAAAUUUAUGCGUCUUUAAUGAUUAAACAAACGUAAAAUCAUGGAAAGCGUUGAAACAAAACCAUCAACGAACAAAAUUAAACGCCUUGACAUCAUUCGGACUGUUUGAUUUCGACGUUAAAUAAAUAUUUUUUUUUAAUCGUCGAAUAAAUAAUGUUUUAUAAUUAAUUUCACGAAAACUGCGUGCAUUACAUUAAAUAGUUAAUAUUGAAACUAUAAAA